AGGUAAAAACUUCAACAUUCCUUUAUAAGAACCUUUAAUAUUUCAUAGUUUUACAGUUUCAUACAUAUGAAGUGUCCAUUAAAGUGUAAAUAUGUCAAUUACUGGUUGUGUACUUUAGGAACCGAUGAUUAUUCCCAAUCAAGCCCAUCCAGUUCAGAAACAAGCAGUUCUCUCACACAAACCCCGGUCCAAACUCCAGAUAAUUUGGCAUUAGGAGGACAGGCUAUACAAUCAUCCACAUAUCGUAGGGUAGCAGCAAAUGCCAUUGACUCUUUACCUUUAACCUGCAUCCGUACGCUCCCAUCUGAUAACCCGUGGUGGAGAGUGGAUCUUCUACAUUCGUACAUCAUCUCUCGAGUCGUCAUCACUAACAGACCAGACUGCUGUGUGGGUCGACUAAGUGGAGCAGAAAUUCAUAUCGGAAACUCUUUGGAAAACAACGGCAACGAUAAUCCAAGAUGUGCUGUGCUGGAUGAUAUUCCACUGGGUCAGUCUCUGUCUGUGUACUGUGACAAUAUGGAGGGACAAUAUGUGAAUCUCAUUAUACCUGGAAGCUCAAAAAUCCUCUCAAUCUGUGAAGUGGAGGUGUAUGAGAAAGACUUGGAGAAAACCUUUGUGAUGAUGCAAUUUCUCUCCAGUGUGAAUAUGACUGAUCCAGCUGUCAGUAACACGAUUCUUAAUCAGCUAAAGAGCACUUUGACUUCUAAAGGACUCUCAGAUUUCACACUGACCUGGACAAAACUCCCUCAGAAAGUCAAACCAGAGAUUAAACUGGAUGGUCCAUGUGUUAAAGAACCUAAAUAAUCCUAAAUAAACAAACAAUCUAUGAUGAAAAAGACUUAAUCUAGUUAAAAUUAUAUUUGUUUGUUAAUUUGCCAUUUUAGUUUAGUUAAAGUUUUAUUUGUUUGUUUAUUUUAGUUUUUGGUAACUGAUUGGUGUGAUUAUUUAUUUACAUAUUAAAUGAUUUGUAGUUGAUCAAUGAUUAUGGAUUUGUAAUACAGUUACACUGACAUCUUUGGUCAUCUUCAGAAUGUAAUGGAGCUGAUGAAGACAUAAUGUCAAUAAAAUAAGUUAAAUGUACAUCUGUUUUUAGUUCAUAAACUAUAUUAUUUGGUGGAAGAACUAUUAAUAUAUUUUGAGCAUUACUAUUUUUUAAUUAUUGUUUAUUGUUGUUGCUGUUUUAUAAAAGCAAUAAACCACUGUGCAUUACUGUGUGAUCUGUAAUUUUAUUAUAGCUAAGUAGUCAAAAUCUCUAUAAUGCAUGGCCCUUUGCUUU